AUGUGCGAGCUCCUGGCCAGUCUGCGAAGGAACUGAAACUGACAGCUUAGAAAGAAUCAAAAACUUACCAGCGAACCAAAAGACUGAAAUACAGGAGGAAAAAAAAGAAAUCUUGAUCAGAUUAUUUUUUCCCCCCUCGCACUCUUUGCUGCAGUUGGAUCCCUUUUUUCUGCACCCCUUUUAUGACAGGGAGGGAAUGUUGGAGGAGAAGAGCUGGAAAGGCGUCGACGAAGCAGCUUUUGACAGGGGGUGUGUGGCUCCCCCCAGGAGCGGCGAUGGGGAGCGAUGCUGCCGCCUCCCUCUGCUGCUGGGCUCGGGGCUGCCCGGCGUGUCCCUGCUCUCUCUGGUGCUCAGCCUCCUGCUGUACUUUCGGACCUCCGAUCUGCAGUCCCGCGUGUCCCACUUGGAAGCAGACAGACCCACACAGCUCCCUGCCUGGCUCUCAGCAGACCAAAUGGAGACAGCUAUUUUGGGAAGAGUUGACCAACUGCUCAAUGAGAAAUUAAAGUUCCACUUGCCAAGACAUCGAGAAGUUCGAGACACACACCAGCGAUGCAACUGCCCGGCAGGUCCACCUGGGGACAAAGGUGCGAUGGGAAUCCCUGGGCGGCCGGGACUAAAGGGGCAAUCUGGAGAGAAGGGUGCUCCAGGAGAAGCUGGCAUGUCUAUCAUUGGGCCCCGUGGUCCACCCGGACAGCCUGGAACAAGAGGUUUUCCUGGAUUCCCGGGCCCUAUUGGCUUGGACGGCAAACCGGGGCAUCCUGGACAGAAGGGAGAGAUGGGUGCUGCAGGUCCCAGGGGACAACCUGGACCCCCAGGACAAAAAGGAGAGAAGGGUCAGUGUGCAGAGUACCCGCACAGGCUGCUGCCUCUCCUCAAUUCAGUGCGGCUGGCUCCACCUCCGGUCAUAAAGAGACGCACUUUCCAGGGUGAACAAGGACAGGCGGGGAUCCAAGGUCCCCCGGGGCCCCCUGGUCCACCAGGGCCCCCUGGACCAGCUGGACCUGAGGGAAUCCCAGGACGUCCUGGGCCAGUUGGACCCCCUGGCAGAGCAGGAGAACCUGGAAAGCCUGGCAGAGAUGGAAAGGGCUUACCUGGGCCUCCUGGACCAAAGGGAGAUGCUGGGAUUCAGGGAUACCCUGGCAGAAAGGGUGAGGUGGGUGAGUCGGGCCUGCCUGGUGCCCGUGGCCUCCCUGGAGCCUCUGGCCCCAAGGGUGAAAAAGGGGAUGCUGGCAUAAAGGGGGAGAGAGGCAUGCCAGGGCUGCCAGGAAGACAUGGCUCUAAGGGCGCUCCCGGGAUGGCGGCCGCAGGGAUGAAGGGUGAGCCUGGGACUCCAGGAGAAAAGGGAGAUUCUGGAGUGCCAGGGAGGAUGGGCCCCCCAGGUUUGCCAGGGAAGAGGGGGCAGCGGGGUGAGAAGGGACGAGCUGGUGACCCUGGAAUUCCUGGACUUCCUGGCCCAAAGGGAGAGAAGGGAAUUGCUGAGAAUGCCUUGGUGGGAGCUAAAGGAGAACCUGGCCCUCCAGGUCUGCCUGGACCCCCUGGACCAAAGGGAGAAGCUGGUGACAUUGGUCAGCCUGGAGCUGCAGGAUCACAGGGAGAAAAGGGGGAACGUGGUUCACCAGGAGACCAGGGACCCAUGGGCCCAAGGGGUCCCAAAGGAGAGCCUGGGAAGGAUGAAAUGAUGGACUAUGAUGGCAACAUCAGUGAAGCUCUGCAGGAAAUACGAACUUUGGCCUUGAUGGGACCCCCAGGACGUCCAGGUGUGGCUGGGCCUCCAGGGCCACCAGGACAGAAGGGUGAAAUUGGCUUGCCAGGUCCUCCAGGCCAUGAUGGAGAAAAGGGACCACGUGGCAAGCCUGGAGAAAUGGGCCCCCCUGGGCCUCAGGGGCUGCCAGGGAAGGAUGGACCUCCUGGGAUGAAGGGAGAGCCAGGCCACGCUGGGGGCAGAGGAGAGAAGGGUGAGAAGGGAGAGCCAGGACAAGCAGGCUCACCGGGUCUAGAUGGCCCCACUGGAGAGAAGGGAGAACAAGGUGACCAAGGGAUGCCAGGACCAUCAGGAUUGCCAGGGCCCAUUGGACUUCCAGGAUUGACAGGAGAAAAGGGAGACUGGGGAGACAAAGGGAAUCCAGGAGAGCUGGGAUGUGGCAUUCUUUGGGUGUCUGGGCCCCCUGGCCCCCAGGGCCCUCCAGGACCUCCAGGUCUUCAGGGUGUCCCAGGACCCAAGGGGGAAGCAGGGAUUGAUGGAGUGAAAGGAGAGAAGGGUGCCCAGGGUGAAAAAGGAGACAGAGGGCCACUGGGAUUACCCGGUGCUUCAGGUUUAGACGGCAGGCCUGGACCAGCGGGUAUUCCAGGACCAAUUGGGCCUUCAGGACCAGCAGGACCAAAAGGAGAGAGGGGCAGUAAAGGAGAUCCUGGAGUUGCAGGACCAAUGGGGCCAGCAGGGCUUCCUGGUUUACAAGGUCUACCUGGUGACAAGGGAGUCCGGGGGGAGAGGGGCAAGAAAGGCUCUAGAGGGUCUAAAGGGGAUAAGGGAGACCAAGGAGCACCUGGAUUAGAUGCACCCUGUCCGUUGGGAGAAGAUGGCCUUCCAGUUCAAGGCUGCUGGAAUAAGGGUCAAACUCCUUGGCUGAUAGCCAGAAAGUGA